AUGCCCGAGAACGCGGUGGUCAUCGUGCGCUACGGGCCGUACAGCGCGGUGGGCCUGUCCGUGGAGCACCGCACCUUCCGCCUGCAGGGCCUGCAAGCUGUGUUGGCCAGAGACGGGCACAAGGUCGUCCUAGAGAAGAUAGAAGACUGGAAUGUGGUAGAACUCGUGGUGAACGGAGAGGCCGUCUUCCACUGCAGCAUCCAGGACCUGGAGUUUGGAGGCGAUGGUAAACUAGACCCACUGUGCGAAGAGGCAAGGAUAGCCGUGCUCAAGGCCUACUGA